AUGACCCAGAAGCUGUGGAAUCAUGGUCGUCACGUGGGACUAUUGACGAUGCACUUCCGUAUCACAGCAAUGCCACGAUAUAGGCAGCUAGCGGCUGGAGUUCAUAUCGGUAAUGGUUUCAUAGCGAGAACCUCGGCUAUAGUCCGUGACACACGGCCUGGAGCAGUUAUUGGUGGAAAUCAGAGCCCUUGUGAUGAUGCGGCAUUGAAAAGAAUGCCUGAUAAGCUUCGUAGGGUGUUCUAUCUGAGUGAGCGAUUAUUGAGCCCUAAUGAAACGAAACCAUUUGGUGAGAGUCAGAAGACGGAGAAGCUAGUUUUGGAGCUCGCUGACGCUCUCAGCGUUUCUGACAAGCAGUCAAUGAAGUCAUUCAUAUAUAGUAGUGAUACGAUGUUGUUGAAGGCACAAGGAAUGAUGAUGGACCUGAUCCAUCAGGCAGUGGCUAUGCUCUCUUAUACUACAGGUGGCAUGCAAUGGGGUCUACAGCAAGCAUAUUGUCGAUUGUUACAAGCCCUUAUAGUCCGUGGAGAAUUAGAAGCACUCUCGCAACUACCACCUCCACCAGCUGGGUAUACAACUCACAUUGAAGCUCGUCGGGACCUGUUGAAGUACCGAGAUGCUAAGGCGGCAGGAGUUGAACUAACCCCGGGCACCCCUGGGUAUUUGAACGAUGACCAAGUAGCGGUAUUGGAGUGGUUCGAGACGAGAAUGAAUGGCUGUAGACGGUGGCAAGAUACUAUAUAUACCCUAGCAGUAUUCGCUUUACACACUAUAGACUCGGGUGGCCGAAGAGCUUACAACCUUUACGAGGUUAGCCCGGAUAUGAUACCUAUGCUAUAUGCAAGAUUAUAUUUCCUUGUACCGGAGCUUGGGAAGACUGUAGCGGAUUGUUUGUUGAGCAAAGAGGAAGAGGAGAUGGACAUCGCUGAAUGGAGAGGCAGCUCAUAUAGUCUAAUGCGCGCAUCCCUACACAGCAAUCGGGAGUGGGUACCUCAAGCCAGAGAUAUACAACUACUAUUCGACCUUACCGAUUUCCAUAAUGGUCUCAAUGAGUACUUUGGGUUGACGGAGCACGGAUGGGUUCGAGUAAAGCGCAGGCUAUUGCAGAUUCAAGUAUAUUCACUGAUCAGCGAGAGGAGUUUGUGGCGUGCCAGGAUGAGAAAGAGGAAGACAACAUUCUUGCUUUUCGUGAAGUGUUGGUGCAAGUACGUCUCUGAAGUGGUUGUCGAUCAGAACCAGCUAGCUGACUUGUGGGAAUAUCUUCCGGGAUACCGCACGCUGUUGAAGGGGGUAUUCCUCUGUAUGAAGUACCAUAAACGAGUCGAUCACUAUCCUGAUGCUUUGGUUGAUUGCGCGGCUAGUGUGUUAAGGAAUACUCAGACACUCAGUUGCAUAGUGAAGAUAAUGUUCCACAGUACGAAUGUCUACAAUCAAAAGGCAGUAGCGUGCGCUAUGAAAAUGAUUCAUUUCCUAUUUCUGUCACUACUGGUUCGACACGCAUCACUUCCAGGAGAUUUCGAUAUGAACUUCCUCUUGCACGGCAUCGAUAUGCUGCUAGAAUGCGAUAUAGCCAGGAAUAUUCAUAACGUUCUGUGGUUGAUCUAUCAGCAUUGGGGCCUCUUCGCGGGCCCUGUAUCGACUAUGAGUGGUCGAAGUCUGGUCACUGAUCACUUACUGGGGAAGCACUUCGACAGUCUAAUGCUACAUUGGUCCUGGUUCGUCCGUCAGCGGUUUAUCCUACUCUUGCUCUUCCGUAUCGGCCCUCUUGUUGAUCCACCCCCACUGGACUCGGCUCCAUCAGCUGAGCAUAAUCCUUCCACUUCGACAACCCGAGCGAACGAUCACGUCGGAUAUUACAAAUGGCGAUGUGUCGUCACUGAGCUGGUCGCGAGGCAGUUGGAGAGGUACGGCCUCAAUGAUGUCAUUGCGGACCUCUCAUUGCGUGGUGGUAACUCCUCGUCAAACGAUGGGAAGCCAUCGUCAUCGUCGGGCGGAAUAUUCAAGAUGCCAGUCCCAGCCCGGGCCGGUCAGGUUGCGAGACGAGAGUACCACUUCAGAGUGCCACCAGAUGUAACGCCAUUGCAAGCUAAGGAGGUGCCAUUGGUGGAGACUGAGUGGACUAAGCAGAUGCAGCAUCAUGAUUUGUGGAGGAUGCUGCCGUCUGUAUCAGAACGGAUUCGGUGUCUACCACAGUUCGAGCUCACCGACUUCAUUGAGCUGGAUCGAGGGGUUGAUGAUUUCUCUAACCCUGAGAUGGAUGAACAGUCUGUAUGCGACGAAGACUGGUCGCCGACUGCGGCAGAUCUUCAAUGACAGCGGAGAGAUGCUUUUUAUUAGCUAUUGCUACUACUACAAU